CUAUGGACACCAUCAUUUCUAAGGCGAAAACGAGAACCAGAGGUUGAGGUACAGAAGCAGGGAGCUGCUGAGAGAGUGUGAGAGAAUGCGAGGCAUAACGCUCACGGAGAGCGGAUUGGUUGUUCUCUCGCUGUUGCCUCCAUGUCUUAAACCACCCAAGUCUUUCACUUCUCAUUUGCUUUCUUUGAAUGUUAAUUCUCUCUCCAAGAAGCAGUACUCCUCCAAGCUCUCUUCUCGCCACCAAAGCCUUCUUUUCUCUAGGUGUUAUAGAAAUUGGUCUGAAAGGACAUGUGAGGAACGGUUUGGGCGUUUUCUGCAAAAGGUUGCUGAACUUCAGCAUGGCCUGGAACAUAAGUAUGUUGAUUGCAAGAAUGGGGAAGAGACUCGAGCAUUGGGGCACAAUUCAGAGGACUGUUGUGUUUCAGAUCAUGCACCUGUGAAUUAUAACUUGAGAAGGGGAAAUUUUAUAGCUACAAAUUUGGCAAUCUCAAAUACAUUGUUUAACAAGCUGCUAAAGUUUAUGGUUCUUUUUGGGUUGUUCACAUUUCAAGGCUCACAACCAGCAGCUGCUGUCUCAGAUAUUGCUAGUGGGUUGCAGUUGAUUCCUUACAUAGGGGACCUUGGUGAUAUUAGCACAGGUUUUGCUUCAGCAUUCUUGCUGAUAUUUUUCUCAGAGCUGGGAGACAAAACCUUUUUCAUUGCGGCACUUUUAGCAGCUAGAAAUUCUGCUGGUGUAGUUUUCACUGGGACUUUUGGUGCACUUGCGGCAAUGACAAUAAUAUCUGUUGUUCUCGGACGAACUUUUCACUAUGUCGAUGAACUCCUUCCAUUCAGGUUCGGUGAGGCUGAUCUGCCUAUUGACGACAUUGCUGCAGUGUGCCUUUUGGUAUAUUUUGGAGUUUCAACAUUGCUUGAUGCUGCUUCAAGUGAUAAUCAAAAAGCGGAUGAAGAACAAAAGGAGGCAGAACUAGCAGUUUCAGAAUUUUCUGGAAAUGGAGCUGGGAUCUUAGCUGCUGCUAACACUGUUGUUAGCACUUUCAUCUUAGUUUUCAUUGCUGAGUGGGGUGAUAAAUCAUUCUUUUCGACAAUCGCACUAGCAGCUGCCUCUUCACCUCUUGGAGUCAUUGGAGGCGCACUGGCUGGUCAUGGUGUUGCUACUCUGCUUGCUGUUUUGGGAGGCUCUUUACUGGGAACAUUCUUAUCAGAGAAGGCUAUUGCCUACAUCGGCGGUACUCUUUUUCUCGUCUUCGCUGCUGUUACACUGAUUGAGAUUGUGAAUUAAGGGUUGGAGAAUAUAGUGUCUGACAUUUUUGUGCACUUGUUCAAGACUUGCUCUCUGCUCCUGGUAUUGAUGAUAUCUACUCUUAUAUCAUGGAUGUGUUACAUAUUGAAUCAAAUCAUGAGCUGAAACAUGAUUGGAUAGUUGCAUUCUGUAUGAUAUUCUUGUUGUUCAAGAUCUGUAAUCGGUGGCUGAUAUAAUACAAUGACAGAACUUUGAAGGCCAAGCAGGGCAAGUUGGCUAAAAAUUUUAAGGAA